AUGAAUCGAGCUAAUUCGGGACGUCGUCCACCACCAGACCAAAACUCAAUCGAAGCUAAAUAUUUGACAUCUACUGUUGGACCAGCAUUGAUUCGUGGUUUAGCCGAAAUUGUCGAACGUCGUCCAAACGAUCCGAUUGAGUAUUUAGCAACAUUUCUGUAUAAACAAGUUGAAAAUACACGUGCUCAGAAACAGAAAGAACAUGAUGCGAAACAAUUAGAAAUUGAACGGCAAAAAGAAGCGGAAGAGAAGGAACAUCGUGCGCAGCUCAAGAGAGAAAUUCGAGCAUUGCGUGAAAAAGAAGAAAAAGCAAGACAAGAACGUGAAGCAGAAGAAAGACGCCAACGAGAAGCUGAAGAAUUAGCUCGACGUCAUCGAGAAUUAGCAGCACAGGCACGCGCAUUACCAGCUGUUCGAGAAGAAGACGAUCUUUUGGCUGCAGAGUUCGGUGAAACAGAACUUCAUCGACAAGCUGCUGUAAAAGAAGUCGAUCUAACGAAACUACUUCGCGAUAAUCCUUUACUUUUGGCAGCACGUAAUGCAGAAGGAAAAACAGCUCGAGAGGUUGCUGUCGAAGCUGGAAUUCAAGAAAAUGUUGAACAACUUGAUAAUUAUUGUGUGCAGCUAUUACAAAAUGGCAAGACAAAAGCAAUUAAUGAUUUGCUUAUUUGUGGUUAUACUGAAAUUGUCAAUCAAUUGAAGGCAGACGAAGACACCGAUGAAGACACAGCUGAAUUCAUUCAUACUGACAUUCCUCAAUUAGCAGAGAAAAUCAAAGAAUUUCGACACGCUGUUAAAGAAGGAAAUAAGGAAACGAUCGAGAAACUGUUGCACGAACGUAAAAAUCUUGCACUCUAUCGAGAUGCUGAAGGUUCAACAUCAGUCCAUGAUGCUAUUGAAAAUCGUCAUUACAAUGUCGCGUUAGAUCUUUUACACAAGUUUCCAGCACUAUCGAAUAUUAAAGACAUCCGUGAACGAACUGGUCUUGAUCUGUUGAAUGCCAUUGACGAAGAUUCAGUGACAGAUGAACAACGUGAUCAUUACGAUCAGUUAAAAGAAGCAUUAUCAUCAUCCUCCUCAUCAACAGAAGCAACAACACAUCCACAAGCUGAUUAG